AUUUAGAUCCGACACUUUUAUAUAAAAUAUUGACUAUUUGUAAAGUUGCCUAGAAAGUAGAAAUCACUUUAGAAUUCUUUAGGGGACUAAACAUGUAUAUUAGGAAAACCUCAGGGAUGUGUUCAAAAUUUCCCAAACUCGAUAACCUUACUCACCACGAAUGAUUUGAUUUGGAGCUCCUAAUCACGAAUGCUCAACAGUUGCUCUAGUUCGGGGAGUGAAAAUGUCGAAUUUGAUGAGCUCUACAACGAGCAAGAUUAUGUUAAUGGCUACGAGAGACUACUGUUUGACUAUAAACUCAAGUGCCACCAGGGUUUUAACUUUCCACCGUCGUUUAACCUGCUCCGCCGACGCAACUCCACGGUUAGUUGCAAACCCACCUGACCUGGUCAAAUGGGUCAGAAGAGAAGGUGGUUUCGUGCACCCAUCUGUGCGAAUUGCAGAAUCCGGCCCGUAUGGGCUUGGGUUGGUCGCGUCUGAAGAAAUUCCCAAAGGGUCUGAACUGAUUGCGCUUCCGGAGCACAUACCGUUGCGGUUUCCGUUGGUUGAUUCUGAUGGUGGAGAUGAGUCUUACUCCAAUUUGGUCAAUCUCGCUCGUCAUGUUCCUGAGGAAUUGUGGGCUAUGAAAUUGGGCUUAAAACUUCUUCAGGAGCGAGCAAAGACCGGCUCCUUUUGGUGGCCAUACAUAAGCAAUCUUCCACAAACGUUUACCGUUCCCAUCUUCUUUCCUGGAGACGAUAUAAAGAACUUGCAAUACGCCCCUCUUCUUUACCAGGUGAAUAAGAGAUGCCGUUUCCUUCUUGAUUUUGAGAAAGAAGUGAGAUCUGAAGUUGAAGAUGUGAAAUUAGUGGAUCAUCCUUUUGGAGGGAAGGACGUAGAUGCAUCUUCAUUGGGGUGGGCUAUGUCAGCUGUUUCUUCUCGAGCUUUCCGUUUAAGUUUCCAGAACAGAAACCAUGGUGAUGUUCGGAUGAUGCUUCCUCUUAUCGAUAUGUGCAACCAUAGCUUCAACCCUAACGCUGAAAUCAUUCAGGAACAAGGUUCGGGUGAUCCAAAGAUGCUAGUAAAGGUUGUUGCGGGGAUGAAUAUCAAAGAACAUGAUCAUUUGACACUUAACUAUGGUUGUUUGAGCAAUGAUCUUCUGCUUCUAGAUUACGGAUUUGUGGUGCCAUCUAAUCCUUACGAUUGUGUCGAACUCAAGUAUGAUGGAGGUCUUUUUGAUGCUGCAAGCAUGGCUGCCGGGGUUUCAAACCCUAGUUUCUCUUCACCAGCUCUGUGGCAACGACAAAUUUUAUCCAAAUUGAAUUUGGAGGGAGAACAAGCCCUUCUCAAGGUAACUCUAGGAGGACCCGAAGUAGUGGAAGGCCGGUUAUUGGCUGCCCUAAGAUCCCUUCUAGCAAGUGAUGCCGAAACUGUAGAGAAGUGCGAUCUAGGUACACUCAAAUCACUUGAUAUUGAAUCCCCGCUUGGAUUAGCAACCGAAACAGCUGCUCUUCGUACACUUAUUGCAUUAUGCGUGAUCGCACUAAGCCAUUUUCCGACUAAGAUAAUGGAAGACGAAUCGCUACUCAAACAGGGCGUUUCUACGUCAACAGAAUUGGCUCUACAGUUUAGAAUCCAAAAGAAAUCGGUCCUUAUAGACGUCAUGAGAGAUCUUACCAAGAGGGUGAAGUUACUUUCGUCAAACGAAUCCAUCGUUACUCAAAGUUGAGUUGAGGUAAUCUUUUAUGAUCAUCGGCAUCUUUACUACGUU